CGGCGGCGGCGGCUGUGUGCACGGGUGGUGGAUCUGGAUGUAAAACUCCCGAAUAUCCAGCCAGCUCCUGUUGCUUAGAUGGCGCUGCCCACCCUCUCCUCGCUCUGGAUCAGCCGCAACAGGGCUCUGGAGAAGCAGAUCGUACGCCACCGUGAGCAAGAGGCCCACUUCCGUCGGCAGUGGGAGCUCCACAGCCGCUAUUUUAAAGAGUCGGGGGUGCACAGCCAGAAGCAGGAUCAGUGGAGUUCGAGGCAGUCCUACCAGCAGAGCAUGACUGCUUAUCACCGGGAGCGGCUGAAGGAAGAAAAGCAGAUCAGCCUGGAGCAGAGGCGAGCACGACUCCAGAAACUGCUGUGUGAGGAACGCGAGAUGCUGGCAGCAGAGCUGCGGGAGCUGAGGCUGAACAAGGAUGCGUCCCUGAGUGAGAUGAGGCAGAAGCACGAAGCGCUAAAGUCUGCCAGGGAGGAGCAAAGGAAACAGAUUGCAGAAGAUCUUCUGCAUGAAUGCUGGAAGAAGAACAGCGCAAAGCUCAGAGAGGUUGAGUCUGAACUGCACAAGAAGCACGUGGUGGAGGCGUGGGGGGACCAGCUGACCCAAAAGCAACAGCAAGACGCGACUGAGCGGGAAGAGAAGAUCCACUUGGAAAAUAAAUACGAGAGAGCUCGGAGGGAAGCCCUGGAAAGGUUGAAGCAGGAAGAGGAGAGGAGGAAGCAGACAGAGAAGGCACAGGCUGAGUCCCUGCGGCAGCAGAUGGAAGAGCUCAAGCGGCGGGAAGCAGAGGCAGCCAAGCUGAAGGAGGAGGAGGAGGGCCUGAUGAAGCAGCAGUGGGAGCUGGAGGUGCUGGAGGAGCAGAGGAAGCAGACGGAGCAGAACAGGAAGAGGCUGGAACUCGGGCGCUUCCUGAAGCACCAGUAUCGAGCCCAGCUGAAGAGGAGAGCUCAGCAGGUCCAGGAAGAGCUGGAGGAGGACAGGCAGAUCCUCCUCGCACUGGCAGCUGAGGAGGACAAGGACCGGAGCCUGCAGACCGCCCGCCGGGAGCAAGCCGUUGCUGCCGCCGCCUGGAUGAAGGAGGUGAUUGAGGAGCAGUUGCAGCUGGAGAGGGAGCGCGAGGCGGAGCUGGACACCAUCUUCAGGCAGGAAGCCAGGCAAGUGUGGGAGAAGCGAGAGGAAGAGUGGGAGAAAGAGCGGAUGGCCCGAGACAGGCUCAUGGCUGAGGUCUUGGCAGAGAGACAGCAGCAGAUCCAGGAGAAGAUGGAGUGGAACAGGCGGGCCCAGGAGGAAUCUGUCAGGUACCGGGAACAGCUGAUCCAGGAGCUCGAAGAGGCAAAGCAGCUGACGCGGCGGGAGAAGGAAGAGGAGGCUGAGCUGAGAACCGCCCGCAAGCGAGAGCUGGAGGCCCAGGUGGGAGAGGGGGCAGGGCAACAAGGUCCCCUGCUGCUGGGCACGGACCACCUGGCUGGUGGCGGUGGCGGCAGCCUGGGGGAUGUGCAGAAAGGGGAGAGCAGUCCGGAAUGA